ACAGAUAUGUUUUCCACUUCCUUGAGACAGCGCAGUAUGUUUGCAGUCUUCCGCCCAAGUGAACAACCGGAAUAACGAGAAGAAGUAAGUACGAUAAUAAUCUAGGGGGGAAACAUAAAAGUAAAAAGAACAUUGAAACAAACUUUAAACAAUCUUAAGAAUUCAGCGGACCUUUUUUGUUGACUGUAGACAUUGACUCCUAAGCAAAUGAGGAAAACAGUGGAGAACGACCUAUUUCUUUCAAGUCGAAAAUCGAGGUCAUGUUUUGACUCAUGAUCUCACCUGGUACACUAAAGAACAUGUCGAUAGAGGCUGUACCCCUUUCUGCGUUUUCAUUUUGCUAAGACUUGGGGUUUAAUUCUUAUUACUGGAAAUUAUUGUUAAAGCGACAGACUGAGAUUAUAUUUAAAUUUAAGUCAAGACAAUCCAGUUGAUUUGUCACAUUCGACUAAAGAGUACAAAAACAAAAGAAUUAAAGAACUGAAUUCAGGUAUGUGGUGCUCUUAGUACAAUUCUAGUUGCAACAGGGAUACUUAAUGAUGCCAUAGUUAAAUUUCAGUUCAAAAAUCAAAACAGCAUUAAGUAUACUGAUAUAUAUAGUUUUUCCCGCGUGGAAAUCAACCCAUACUCCAGUCCAGUAGAUGGCGCUAAUGCGUCGCCCACCACCGGACUGCGCUUUACAUUGGAGAACAGAUAAAAGUAAAGGGAGGGAAACUCCAGUCCUUGCUGGGCGGGUGUACCGCAUUGUAGUAGGACACUACAGGCACGUUGUGCAGGACAAUAACAACGCUCUUCAGCAUCGCUUUAGUGCAUUUUCUGUCGGAGUAAGUUGUGGAUGUAAGUAUUUUUGCACAUUUCACGGAGACACAAAGCAUGUAUUUUCCCUGUUUCUUUUCUAGGCUCCUGUAUGACGCACGUGUUUUUCGUCCUGUGGAUUCCUUCCUCAAGGGUUGGCGUUAAUGUUGAUUUUCUUUUGUAGAUGUGGGUUUUUUCACCGUUUGUUUUCUCUGUUUUAGAGAAUUCCCGCCCUGUCUUACAAAAUGACCAUUAUUCUGCGUUUGGAAGGCCUUGACGUGAAGGCAGGUACUGAAGACAUAAGGACAUUCUUCAAACAUCUUCACAUUCCUGAAGGUGGAGUCUACAUACUUGGAGGAACUCAGAGAGAGGCAUUUAUCGGAUUUAGCACGGAGAGAGAUGCUCAGAUGGCGAUGCGACUAACAGGAAAAGUCCUGAAAGGGUCUAAUGUUAUGUUGCAUGUCAGUAACAUGGCAGAGUUGGAGCAGAAACUUAAGACAUUGUUGAAGAAAAAGAACCCCUCCCCCAUCCAGUAUUCAGCCAAAAGACCAAGGCAUUCUGAGCGUGUAAAUCUGCAUGUAAAUGGCACAGACCUUAGCCCCAAAACAGCAGAUUUACCACCCUCUACUAUGAUUCCACAUGAUCUUAGUACAGCAAAUUACCAACAGUCGCUUUACCAGGAUACUACAAGUAACCAAGUUCCUGAUGCACCCAAACUUGAUUCAGGUACAGCCUUUCUUCUUGGAAUUUGCACUGUCCUUCAAGGUCUCCAGUCAACCCAUCAGAGACAAGAUGAGACAGCACCAAUCACUGAUUUAACAAAGACUGACUACACAGAUCUGUCUGGUGAGGUGAUGACAAAGGAGGUAAGUCUGGAGUCAAGUCCAGGCUACGUCAGGCUCUUCGGUCUGCCACCCUCUACCACAAAAAAUGAAAUCUGCCAGUUUUUCAGAGGGCUGGUUGUGCAGGAAGCCAUAGUGAAUGUUAAGUUGGGACUUAACCAUGCAUGCCUUGUGAAGUUUGCAAACAUGCAGGAUGCAAAUGACGCACUUCUCUUCAAUCAGCACCAGUUAGGAAACAACUCUGUAGAGGUACGUAGAGCAACUGAGAAGAUGUGGGCUGGUGCUCUGGAAGAAUGUGAAGGCGCCUUGGACAUUGGAACAAUGAAAAAACGGAAGCGAAGCCCUUCUGGUGAAACUGCAAACCACAAACGAAAAUCUCCCCCCUUACUGCAGAACAAGAACAGACCUUUCAGCAGACUGACAUUGAAAGCAAAAAGGCCAAGACUUGACAACUUAAAUACCUUGCCACAAACAAAAGACUGUGUUGUCAAGGUUAGUAAACUUCCUACUACGAUGACCAAGACUGAAAUCAAAGAAUUAUUUCAAUGCGCAACCAUCCCACACAAAAAUGUACUACAUUUACUAGAUAAGGAAGGAAACAGAACAGACACGGCUUUUCUCAUCUUCAAACGCGCUGAGGAUUAUGACUAUGCAAUGGCACUCUCUGGUUGUCAUGUAGGAUCUACUCCCAUUGAAGUCUCAUCGAUCUCAUGGUUGAAGAUGAAGGAAAUGAUGGCAGAAACCCACCCCAGGAAGAAUCGCAAUCAUUGUCUGAAGACAGACGCAGACAAAACAACAAGGCAGAGAGGGGACUUCGAUCCAACUGAGGCACAAGAGGAACCACGGACCAAAAUCGUAGGCGCAGCAGCUCAGACAUGCCUGUAUGUUAGAAACAUGCCAGCAGAUGUGCAUGAAAGUCAUAUAAAAAGUUUCUUCCGCAAAUACAAACUUGAAAAGGAUGAUAUUUUCCUCCUGCGUGACAUUGCUGGUGAGAGUAUUGGCGAGGCUGUAGUCCAGUUUAGAUCACCCAAGUGUGCGGCACUUGCUCAAAGGCUCCACGGGCAAGACUUCCUGGGAUCUGAAGUGCUUUUAACCCUUAUAAGUGUGAAGCAAAUGGAGGACAUCUUGGGACAUGAAACGGCUAAAGCUGAAAACUAAUGUUCAACAGCAAGCCCAGUGUUUGAGGACUGAUUCUGAAUUUGCUACAAAACUCACUUCCUUGUUGCACCCAUCUGUUAUGUUUCUUCCUUAUCAAAUAAAGGGGAGACUAGGGACAGUUGCAACAAGGGAUGGUUGCAAGAAGGAUUACUCCUAGCCAAUCAGAAACAUACAUACCCCCCCCCCCCAACACACACACACAGCAGGACAGAAGACACAUUAAGCAUAAUCUUCUGGAUUUAUUAGGAAAAACUUGUUUUUAAAGUAUGAAAGUAAUUUUUUUCAUGUGGUUUUGUCAUACCAUCCAGUUUGCAUCUCAACUUAGUUUUAAUUGUUGUUUAGUUGAUUUCUAAGUCACGUUUAGCAUCUGUUUAGUUAACAGUGCUAACUAAACAGUGAGUUUAGUUAGCGCAUGGUGUUUUGCAACCGUCCCAGGGAUGGGGUUGGUUGUAACAGUUGACCCUUUUUAAAAAAAAUAAAUAAAUAUGAAAAAUCUGUGUGAUGUUAUCAUAUUGAAAUGGUACAGGGAAUCAUCUCUGAGUAAUUGAGAGAAAGGCAAAAAGUGUCGCAACUGUCCCCAGUCUCCUCUAUUUGCUAAAUCUGCAUAUCUUCGAUACAUUCCCUUUGUGACCAUCUACAUGUUGAAAUAAAUUUCUUACAUGUGGAAACUU